UCAUUGAUUGUCUCCAUGUGGAGCAGCUGUACCCUCCUGAAGGAGGCGUCCUUCUCCUCCUGCGGCGUGGACCCAGAGCCCUACAUGGCCGCCUGCACAGACACUUUGUGCCGCUAUUCGGAUCUGGACGGCCUGAGCUGUCGGUUCCUGGAGGCCUACGCCAGAGCCUGCAGCCUGCAGAGCAGCGCCGCACCGGAGGACUGGAGGUCCAAGGCUCAGUGCUCGCCCCCUGGGGCCGUCUGUCAGGACAGGACCUGCAGCGAUCACGAGUUCUGUGGAGAGAAGACAGCUGGAGGAGAAACUCGCUGCUUCUGUCGGGCCAUUUUUGCCUCCAAGUACAGACAGACGAACUCUUUGGGUGAUCCGCCGGUCUGCAGGCAGAGCUCUGCUUCUCUCUCUCUGGUCGGGUGUCUCCUGGAGGACAAAGGCAUCGACUACUCUGUCUUACAGCUCAAAGAUCCGACCUGCAGAGGUCAGAUGGACCAGCAGACCCACAUGGUGACCUUCAGCUUCAACAGCACCGACCUCUGUGGGACUGAGGUCACGACCAACAACAGCCAAACCAUCUACAAGAACACCAUCAUGACACAGAACCUCUCCUCUGGAGGAAUCACUCGCCAAGACCAGGUCUACAUCGGGUUUUCCUGCGUUGAGACCCAGCCGGACAUACAGACGGUGGCUUUCAGGAUCAAAGACAGCUCUGUGGUUCAGUUCAUCUCAUCCGGACCUUGGAAUUACUCUCUGACCAUGAAGGCCUACACCGACGCCAACCGAACUCAAGCUGUGGCCUCAAACACCGAAGUUCGUCUGAACCAGAAGAUCUGGGUGGAGCUGGACGCCGACGGCCUGGAUGAAAGCCUGGUUGCCGUGGUGAUGGACUCCUGCUGGGCGACGGACCAGGAAUCGGCCAGCGCUAGCCGUAAACAUUACCUCAUCGAGAACGGUUGUCCAAACCCUGAGGACCAGACGGUGAGCGUGGAGGCAAACGGAAAGGGAACCUCCAACUCCUUCUCCUUCAACAUGUUCCAGUUCACUGGGAGCUCUGCUCAGGUCUACCUGCACUGCAAACUGCAGCUCUGCAUCAAACAGGAGAACACCUGCGUCAAGACGUGUGGUGGAACUCGGAGUUUCAGAUCUGUCCGGUCCCAGUCUGGAGCUGCUGCCUUCAUCAGCAUGGCUUGGACUGCCUAGGUGAAGGACCUCAAACUCCAUGAAGAUCCAGUCUGUGGACCGGUCUGUGGACCGGUUCUGACCCAGACCCGGGUGUUAUGAGGAAAUCUCUGACACAUAGCGGUUCUACUGCUGAGCGUUUCUUUGUUAUAAUCAAAUGUGGUGAAGGGAAGUGAGUGAAACACUAAACUAAUCAGAGUUUAUAGUUGGUCUUCAAUGAAAGAAGCUUUUUGAUUCUCACCUUGUCUGAGCUCAACACAUUGUAGAUGUGAAACAUCCCAUAAUGCACAGAGGAAAACAGAGAGCAGAAUGAGGCUGCAGUGGUUCACAGUGAGCUUCAAUGUUUCAGUCAGCUCUACAAUCAGGAGGAAUUUGAUUUCAUUUCUAGUCUCAAUGAUCAGUAAAGGUUUAGCAGGGAUUGGUGGCUGUUACUGAGCCGUUUUUCUUCUUCUGAAGCUGAAAUUUACAGAAACUCCAACAUGACGUUUGUAGGUUGAUGUCAGUUUUUAACAUCUAUAAAAUUAUUAUCAAGUUGAGUUUUCAAUUCAGAAAGUUAAAGCAGAGUUUUAACUCUUACAAAUGUAAAACUGGAGCACUUCCCCCUCUUGUGGCUACAAUAUGUAUUACAUACAAGCUUUAACUGGUCAUUUGUUUUAAUUCUUCUAAACUUAGACAGAAUAAAAGCCAUUUGAGGUCAAAUAAAUGAUUUUUUUUCCCAUUCU